AUGAGUUUCUUUAAUUCACUUCAACAAUAUGUGUCGACCGGAGUGGCAAACUUAUCGUUAAAUUCGAAAAGAUUUUCAUUGAGUCGCGAUAAUUCGUCGUCUGGUAAUAAUUAUUCGGAUGUGAGUGCGUCGGAAAAUAUAAACACAUCAUCGGAUAAAAUUUCAUCGACCGGAAAUGCUCCUCCACCUCCGGCACACGGAUUUCCAAAAGUCGUACCCACGCAGGGAGUCGUGUCGUCGUUUCCGAGAGCGAGAAGAAAAACAAUCGAAUGCCCACCCGGGAUGAACGAAUUGGCCAUACCGACAACUCCCAGACGAGUCGGUUCUUUCAGACAUCAAAGACCGCCUAGAGCACCUCUUAUGUUUUGCAGAAGAAGGCAAUCGUGGCCGGAAUUCGAUCAACAAGCCACAUCCGGUAAAAUGAAUUACAUGAAAAUAUUUGAAAUUUAUAAAUGA